AUGGAUGGCAAACAGUUGAAGAAUAAUAGUAUUGCGGAACAUAAAGAUAAUAUAGCAAAUUGUACCUAUUAUGCCGCCGAUUAUCUUGAAGAGCGCUUUUGGCUUGUAUCAGUUAUUGGUACAACGGUAGCAACACUAUCCAUUAUACAAAAUUCAUUUCUAUUUGUUAUACUAAUUGCUAAAAAAUCUCAUCGUCAGUCUUAUGUAUUAUAUUUUAUCCUAUUAGCAUUUUUUGAUAUAUUGGUUGCGGGUGCUUACAUUCCGUUAAUGUCCAUAUCACAACUUGCCGAUUACUUCAUGUCACCAUUACUACUGCAGGCUUGGUACACAUAUAUGAUACCAAUGAUAACGAUAUCACAUAUAGCGAUGACGUCAUCAUCAUUCCUUAUCCUUGCGGCAACAUUUGAACGAUACUGUAUAACGGUUGUGCCAAAAAUGAUGGAUUGUUUAAAUCGUUAUCGUGAUUAUAUCGCUGCUUUUGAUAUAAUAGUCGGUGUAAUGACAAAAUCAUCGCUUGCACUCGAAUUUAAAAUUAAACAAAAUGCUGAAUGUGCGGGAAAAAUGGCAGAAUAUACGUUAGAACUUUCUUCCAUAGCGCUUAAUCCAACAUACAAUGUGCUAUGGCGUUUUUGGUUUCGUAAUAUUAUCACAAUUUUGUUACCAUUUUUUUUGCUUGCUUUUUUUAACAGUCAAAUUGUAAUCGUCUUACAACGAAAUCAACAUACCGUUCAAACUGGUAAACUUGGUAAAAUGCAAACAAAGGGUCGUGUUCGAACGGCUACAAGGACGCUUGUAUUUGUUGUUUUCACCUAUCUUCUUUCCAAUAUCUUAAAUGUUAUCAUUACAAUAUGGGAGUAUAUCGAUAUUGACAGUUUAAUGACGGAAUAUACAGGAUUGUAUAUAAUUUUCACCGAUCUAGUUUCAUUGUUUACCACUUUGGCCGGCUCAUUACGAUUGUCUAUUUAUGCAAUGUGUAAUCCACAAUUACGAUUGGAAUUUAAGAAAGGAGCUUGCAAAAUUUUUAAAUUGCCGUUAAAAUUUAAGGUCUUACUUCAGCCAGUUUGCGAAAGAACCGAAGAAAACAGUACAAUGAAUGUGUUACUACCAUUACGCAAUGUUGAGCUUAAUACCGAUCAAAUAAAUCCAAAACCGCUGAUCGUCGUUUUUCAAUUACAACAAAUAUCUGAUAAGGAUUACGAUGAAAUUCUAUUAUAA